AUGCGCUGCACUCACUGUGGUGGCACUAGUUUCGACGAGGAUCGUGCUCGGGCCGAUCUGGUAUGUCUUGACUGUGGAAUGGUCUUGAGCGAAAACGUGAUAUGUUCGGAAGUAGAAUUUGUGGAAACUAGCGCAGGUGUAUCGGCUGCUGUUGGCCGUUUUGUUUCGGAUGAAAGUCAGGCGAUCGGACGGGAGUCGCGACAGGUGACGGAGAAUAGAGCCCGUCGACGAAUUGACACAAUCUGUGGGCAUCUACGAUUGGGCAAUGAUAUAGCCACUUCUGCUUUCCGCUUCUACCAGAGUGCUCUUUUCAGAGGGAUUACACGUGGACGAGGUGCUCUCCAGGUGGCAGCAAGUUGUGUCUAUCUGGCCGCACGUCAACUCCGUGUUAAUCUGAUGCUGUUGGAUCUCAGCGAUGCGGUUGGAAUCAAUGUCUACGUUUUGGGACACUGCUAUACGGAAUUGAGACGCCGAUUGCAUCUGUCUAUUCCCGAAAUGGAAUUAACUUCAUAUGAUUUCAAGUCUGAUCCUUUGUUCUCCACAGACCCCUGUCUCUACAUUGAGCGGUUCGCGAGUCAGUUGGAAUUUGGCGACAAAAUGCCCGUCGUUGCCACCACUGCGAUGCGUUUGCUUCAGCGGAUGAAAAAGGACUGGCUGACGACCGGUCGUCGACCAAGCGGUCUGGCCGCCGCUGCCCUCCUGGUCGCUGCGCGCAUACACGAAUUUAACCGCAACGAGGAGGAUGUGGCCCGGAUAGUAUUGAUUUUUUGCUCUGUUGCUCCUGAAGCUCGAAUUAGCCAACAAACAGCACGGAAACGUUUGGAGGAAUUCGGAAGGACACCAACUUCGGCUUUGAGUAUCGAGGAUUUCUUCACUGUGGACUACGAGGAGGAACAGGAUCCACCAGCUUUCACAUCUGCACGGAAAUCGGAUGAGUCUGUGAAGGAACUCGAUGAGGCAUCAUUCGCUCGAAUCUCAGCGGAAAUCAACGAACUGGAGCGACGAAUCGAUGUUGAACUGCAAUCGCUCAUUGACAAACGUUCGUCUCGCAAACUGCGCAUGAAACUGGAAGAGAUGGAGGUUGGUCACUCAAAGGGUAUCGAUCACUUGUUGUACCCCAUAUCGGAGUCGAACGAUCAACCUGACCAGACCGCAACUUCCACACUAGACCAGAGUUCACCCAAGGCAUCAGCCGACGAAGACACUACGGCCACUGCCAGCACCGACCCGACUCCUACUCGUAGUAUUCUACGGGAUGUUCUAGAUGGCAUUGUAGAACCUUCCCUGUUGGACAGUUGCGUGGAGGAUCUUCGAAUUUUGACAGAACACUCGGGCGCCGAAGUUUGCGAGCUUCUCAGUCAAGCCGAGGCUCAGCAAGAUUUGGUUGAUCAAAAUCCGGAAUCUUUGGACCCGGACUCGAAGUUGAAUGGAGAAUCCGAGCCGACGAGCGAGGAGAAACCGAAUGGAAAGCAUCUCGAAAAGUUGAGACGAGCUGAAGAGGAUGCCAAGAAUCCUCCGAAGAAGCGGGCUCGUAGAACUGGCAGUCAGCGACAACCUCGGCCGAUGAACCGAUACGGCAGUCGAGAGAAGUUCGAGGUCGUGUCUGAGGAGUCGGAGGACAAACCAUUCUCCCGAAAGAUCAACUAUGAGGCUCUGGAAGCUCUUGUGGGCGGGACAUCGGGGACACAGACACUGGCUUCCAUCGAGCCAACUUCCGUCUCCAUACCGUCCGAGCCUUCUGGUCCAAUCAGACCAGGCCCUUUGUUGGCCUCAACCUUAGAUUUGGAACCCAGUACAUCUGCGCCCAGUGUUCUCAAAGAACCGGAAAAACCAUCGGGAACAGCACCCGGAAAGAAAGUCACGUUCUCCGACAGUGUCAUCUCUUCGUCCUUCAGCUCAGAAAUCAUUUCUAAGGAUCCUCAACCUCAACCUACUGCUGGCCCUUCUUCAACCACAGAUACUCCUCAGGAACCAGCAAAUCCUGUAGUCCCGACGAACGAGGACGAAGAGGAGGAGGAAGAAGUCGAAGACGGUGCGUUGGAUGAUUACUACCAGGACGACGAGGAUGAACUCAGCUGGCAACAGGGUGAUGAGCUGUGGUAGCACUCUUUUUAUUUGCAUUUGUCUUUGUCUUCUUCAUAACAGCAUAUUGCUUAAUUCCCUUCUUUCUUGUAAAUAUGAAUAAAUGUCAAGUACCUUGC